AUGUCGCUGUCGGGGGGUCACCUGCUCGUCAAACUUGCCAAGCACGCCGUCGGCAGGGCGCACGUCCAGCUCAACCGCUGGCUGCACAGGAACGCCGCCGAAGAGUGCGACAAGAUGGACCUGCUGGCCGACGGGGACCUCGAGGCGGUGGCAGUGGGCGAGGACCCCCUGCCCUCUUGCCCGCCCACCCCCUUCUGCCUGAAGAGCGCCUUGCUGGCGUGCGUCCUCACCUGUCUGUGCUUCUCCUCGGUGGCGCUGGUCCGUCAGCACCUUAAAGACCUCCUGCUCUGGGUGGAGGGUCUGGACAGCCUGGCCGGGGCACUGCUCUUCGUGGUGGGCUUCAUCGGCGUGUCCUUCCCUUGCGUCUGGGGCUACAUCGUGCUCAACGUGGCGGCCGGGUACCUGUACGGCUUCGUGCUGGGCGUGGGGCUGGUGGCGGUGGGCGUGCUGAUCGGGACCUUCUUGGCUCACCUGGCGUGCAAGCGGCUGUUGACGGACUGGGUGCUGCGUAAGGUGGGCGGCAGCGAACGGCUCAGCGCCGUCAUACGGGUGGUGGAGGGCGGCAGCGGACUAAAAGUUGUGGCCUUAGCGAGACUCACCCCCAUUCCCUUUGGGCUACAAAAUGCAAUUUUCUCUAUCACAGACGUGUCCUUGCCAAACUACCUGGUAGCGUCCUCGGUGGGUCUGCUGCCCACCCAACUGCUCAACUCCUACCUGGGCAGCACGCUGCGCACCAUGGAGGAUGUCAUCGCCGAGCAGAGUGUUAGCGGAUACUUCGUUUUCGGGCUGCAGAUCGUGAUUAGCAUCGGCCUGAUGUUCUACGUAGUGCACCGCGCGCAAGUGGAGCUCAACGCCGCCAUCUCCGCCUGCCAGAUGGAGUUCCGAUCUUCCUCGCACGUGAACGGCUCGUGCGCGUCGUCCUCCGCCAACCACGCGGGAUUCUCGUACUGCGGGAAACGGAUGGCGGCCGCCAUUGUCAACGUGGUUUGA